AUGGGGUUAUUUGAUAAAGGUCUACUAAAAUGCUUUGAUUUAUUUUCUAGACCUUUUACUUUCUUUGUAGGAGAUAAAAAGAAUAAAAGUACAAUUUUUGGAGGUUUACUAUCUGUACUUAUUAUAGGAGCCUCUAUUUAUUACUUAUACUACUUAAUGCAUUUAUAUUUUACUGGUAAAAUAUCACCAAAAAUUACAUCAAGCUUCUAAAUAGAAAGUAACAACAGUACAAUUAAUGUUAACGAGAAUUUCUUUUUUAUGGAAAUGAUGAUAAAUGGAAUACCUCUAAAAUAGUAUGAAAAGAAGGUUAGCAAAGUUUAUCUCACUUACACAGUGAGCUAUGAGCAGUAUUAUUAAAAUGGUACCUAUUCUGUAAUAAAUUUGAUCUUGUCUGAAUGCACUGAUCAAUAAUUCUAAGGAUAUUAGUGUCUGGAUUAAACAAAUUUCUAUUAGAAUAUAGAUAUUUACAGCAAUCCAAUAUUGUAAUUGUCUUCUGAUUAUGCAAUACAAAUAAGCCCAUGCGAUCCUACUAUAAUACCUAAUUGUGCUUCUCCUACAGAAAUUUAUGAUCUGAUUUUUUAGUCUUAAAAUUACUUUUAGCUGUAUACUAAGAUUUAGUAAUAUAACACGAAUGAAGGUAGAUAUUAGAUUGGAUAUAAAUCUGAAUAUAUUUACUUCGAUCCUCAAAUCAUGAGUUAUACACGAAUUGAUUUAAUUGCUGCAACUACCUAAUUGACCUAAGGACUAAUAUUUUAACAAUCUUAAACAAAUAAUACUGUAUAUGAUUAUUAGAGAAUAGAUACAUACUUUUCCUAAAAUGGAAUAGAACAAAGAAUGGAGAUAAGCGGUUAUGCUUAUUUAGUUUAUGAGCUAAACUAAAUCCAUAACUAUAUUUAAAUUGAAGAACCAAUGAUUACUGAGAUUCUAGCUUAGUUUAUUAGCAUUUUUAAUGCAUUAUUGUUUAUAGGUUUCUUAGCAAAGCUUGUAGCAGAAUCUCAUAUUAUAUAUGAUAUGAAUAACAUUUUAUUAACAGAACAAUUCAACUCAUAUUAUAAAUGA